UCCCCUUGUCCGUUAAUUGUGAAAUCUUCGCCGAAUUCUGUUGAUUUCCUGCUUUUUGUUUCUUUGCACGUUUCUAUUAUUUGAUCUGUUACACUUUACAACUGAUAUAAGAAAACCCACUGAAAUAUAUUACAUGAUUGGUAAUUAGUUGUGUAAAGAAAUAGACACAGCAUUCUUUAUUAUGUUCACCUGAAAACUAUAAUUCAACGUUUGGACCACUUGAACAUAAUUGUCACAUCUUUCUAAUUAGCUUUCUCUACAUUAAGAUAACGUCAGAUGACAUUCACAGAGGAGAAUUCUUAACAUUACAUUCAUCAUAACUAUUAUCUUUUAAUGAUGAAGGCAAGAUGUUAAGCUGAACAAAUAUAAUCCUGUUCAUAUAAAUCCCUGGUGGAUUACAAUGAAUUAUUUCUUCUGAGUGAGAUUGAAAAAGAAAUAUCUCUGUUUCAGUGUGUGGAACGUGUAAGAGAUGAUUUAGUUUUUAAUUAAAUUUCAACAAAUUUACAAAAGAAUUUUCACCAUCUUCAGAUAUCAAGAAAAACGACAGUGGAAACAUAUUUCUAAUGAUAAAACUAUGGAUACAAAAAUCCAGAAAAUAUCUAUAUAUAGUGAUGAGAGAAGAAGAGUUCUACUGAAAUGAAUUGAGAAUUCAUUUUUCUUUCCUGAAGAGAUGUCAAAAGUGAAAGGAAUAUUAUUGUAUGAAUGUGACAUCUGUCAAAAACCAUUCUCUCAAAAAUGCAACCUUACCACUCACAAAUAUAUUCACACAGGAGAAAAACGACACCACUGUGAUGUCUGUGGUAAAUCGUUUUCUCAAAAUACUCACUUAACUAGACACAAACGUAUUCACACAGGAGAGAAGCCAUAUCACUGUGACGUCUGUGGUAGGUCAUUUGCUGAAGGAAGCAACUUGGCUAAACAUAAGUACGUUCAUACAGGAGAGAAAUCACAUCAUUGUGAUGUUUGUGGUAAAACCUUCUCUCAGGCAGGUGCCUUAACUACACACAAACGUAUUCAUACAGGAGACAAACCCUAUAAUUGUGAAGUCUGUGGUAAAUCAUUCUCUCGAAAUAAUACCUUGACUAUACACAAAUACAUUCAUACAGGACAGAAACCAUAUAAAUGUGACAUCUGUGGUAAAUCAUUCUCUCAAAGUGAUACCUUAAAUAAGCACAAAUAUAUUCAUACAGGUGAGAAACCAUAUCAUUGUAAAAUCUGUGGUGAAUCAUUCUCUCAAUAUAAUCUCUUAAAUAGACACAAAAGCAUUCAUACUGGACAGAAACCAUAUGACUGUGAUAUUUGUGGUAAAUCAUUCCCUGAAGGAAGUAGCUUAGCUAAACACGUACUCAUUCAUACAGGAGAGAAACAAUAUCACUGCGAUAUCUGUGGGCAAUCCUUUUCACAAAAACCUCACUUAACCAACCACAAGCGCAUUCAUACAGGAGAGAAACCAUAUUGCUGUGAUAUCUGUGGCAAAUCAUUCUCUCAUACAGGUAGCUUAACUACACACAAAUACACACACACGGGAGAGAAACCAUAUCGUUGUGAUGUCUGUGGUAAGUCAUUCUCUCAGAAAAGUAAUCUCUCCACACACAAGUAUAUUCAUACUGGAGAGAAGCCAUAUCACUGUGAUAUCUGUGGUAAAUCGUUCUCUGGAGGAAGUACCUUAACAAACCACAAACGUAGUCAUACAGGUGACAAACCAUUUCAUUGUGAUAUCUGUGGGAAAUCAUUCUCUAAAAAUGACACUUUGACUAAACAUAUCCGCAUUCACACAGGAGAGAAACCAUAUCAAUGUGACGUCUGUGGGAAAUCAUUCUCCAAAAAUAGUCAUUUAACUAGACACAAACAUACUCAUACAAGAGAGAAACCAUAUCGCUCUGAUAUCUAUGAUAAAUUAUUCUCCAAAGAAGAUCACUUAACCUGUCACAAACACAUUCAAACUGAAGACAGACCAUAUCACUGUGGUAUUUGUGGUAAAUCAUUCUCUGAACAAAGCAGCUUAACCAGGCACAAACGUAUUUUUAGCAAUAAUAAAUGCUGGACACCAAUGUUUAACAAAACAAGUUUGGACGAAGGAAAUUAACCUGAAUGCAUGUGGAUAAGGAAAGGAAUAAUCCUUUUCUACUAUAGGCACAAGUCAGUGGGGCAUUAAACUGUAGUUAUGCCUUUUUUCAAUACUAGUUAACAUUAACGGGGGCAGGGGGGGGGGGUAGUCGUCUACAUUGACCACUACUGAGCUAGCGCUUAUUUUGUCAACCCUGAAAGGAUGAAAGUCAAAGUAGACCUUGGCAGAAUUUGAACUUAGACUGUGAAGAUGAACAAAACACUGUUAAGGAUUUCGCCUGACAUGCUUACGAUUCUGCCAGCUCGCUGCCUUAAUAAUCCUUUUCUACUAUAGACGCAAGGCCUGAAAUUUUGGAGGAAGGGGAUAGUCAAUUACAUUGACCCCAAUACUUAACUGGUACUUAUUUUAGAAUGUAAUCAGAUUGGAGCCUGGUGUAGCCACCUGGUUCACCAGUCCUCAGUCAAAUCGUCCAACCCAUGCUAGCAUGGAAAGCGGACGUUAAACGAUGAUGAUGAUGAUGAGGAUGAAGCCGGAUGAAAUACUGCCAUCUCAAUGACAGGAAUAAUGGUUCAUGCCAGGGUGGCUGUGUGGUAAGAAGUUUGCUUCCCAACCACAUGCUUUCAGGUUUGGUUCCAAUGUGUGUCUUCUAUCGCCCCAGGCAAACCAAAACCUUUUGAGUGGGUUUUUUUUCAAUAAUAACCGAAAGAAACUCUUUUAUAUAUAUAUAUAUAUAUAUAUAUAUAUAUCUCAUCAUCAACUUUCACACACACAUGUAUAUAUAUAUAUUAUAUGAAUUUAUGUAUGUAUCUGUAUAUAUAUAUAUUUGUAGUGUAUGUGUCUUUCUGUUGAUUUUUGACCACCACCACUGCUUGACAACUGAUGUUAGUUUAUUUACAUCCCCAUAACAGCAAUUAGGCAUAAGACCCUGAUGAAAUAAAUACAAGGCUUUAAAAAAUAAGUACCAAGAUUGAUUUAUUCGACUACACCUUUCAAAGUGGUGCUCCAGCACAGUCAUAGUCCAGUGACAGAAGCAAUUAAGAGCUAAACGAUAAACUUAUCCAAUUAAAAAAAAACAUAGACAAAUAGGCACAGGGGUAGCUGUGUGGUAAAUUGUAAGAGGCAAAUGCCUUAAUUUAUGGCUUUCUAUGUACGAGGUUCAUAGCCUCAAUGUGAAAAUUUAAUUUUAAAAGAACAGUUAUAGAGAAGCAAGAUCCGGCAGGCGGCUUUUGCCUUCUCCAUCAUAUUUACCAUCCAUUUCAUCUCAUUAAUGUGUUCGUCCAGCCCGCAGCUACUCUGUGUACUGCCUUUAUGGCAAAUCAAAUGAAAUAAAGUAGCUUGCUUUCCAACCAUAUGCUUCUGGGUUCAGUCCCACUGUGUGGCACCUUGGGCAAGUGUCUUCCACUAUAGCCUCGGGCUGACAAAAGCCUUGUGAGUGGAUUUGGUAGACGGAAACUGUAAGAAGCUCGUCGAAUAUGUAUAUGUUUGUUCCCCCCCCCACCAUCACUUGACGACUGAUGCUGGUUUGUUUACAUCCCCGUAACUUACGUAAGACACCUUCCUCUAUUAUUCUUUUAGCUUCUCAUCAACUGACACCAAACCAUCAAUACUCCCUACCCCCAGUUAAGUGAGGUUUUCUUUUGUUGGUGCUACAAAGAAAGUACCCUCUACAGUCUGUUAAAUGGUUGGCAUCGAGCUGUAGAAACCCUGCCAAAACAAAGCUUGGAACAGCUCCCCAGCUUCCUAGCAUGGAGAACAGAUGUUGAUGGAUCUACUUAACAGAUCCUCCUGUAUUUUCUUUUACCAAACACCAGGAACUUUUCAACACAUCCUCAUGUGUAUGUAUGUAUUUAUUCGCCAUGUUGGAUCACUUACUCUACGUUUUUUUCAUUCUCUCUCUAUUCCCUCUUAUUCCUUUCUGUUGAAGAGCUUAGGCUCAAAUUGCAAAAGACUUUUUCCAUUUUUCCCGAGCAUCAAACUAAUACAUUUGCUUGUUGUUCCUACACCUGUCUUCAUCUUUUGUUUUCUAUAAAUUUGAACUAUAUGUGUGU